UCCACCGCCACCACUCAACACCGAUGGCGCCUCGUCUCUGGUCCUGCUUCCGCCACAAGCACGCAGCCGGAUGCCGUGACGUCGACGGUAGCUUAGCGGAGGAGGAGGAGGAGGCGUUGACGGCUGUUGAUGGACCAGUGCUGGUGGAGAUGUUCACGUCGCAGGGAUGCGCGACGUCCCCGGCGGCGGACGUGGUGCUGUCGCGGCUGGGGAGGGGUGACUUCCAGCUGCCAGUGCCGGUGGUGCUGCUGGCCUUCCACGUGGACUACUGGGACUACGUGGGCUGGAAGGACCCCUUUGGCUCGAGCCAAUGGACCGUUAGGCAGAAGGCCUAUGUUGAGGCCCUUGGGCUUGACACGUUGUACACCCCACAGAUUGUGGUCCAGGGUCAGGCCCAACUCUCUGGAAAUGACGACAUCGCCCUCGUCUCUGCCAUCACUUCUGCGCCUAGGUUCUCUGCUCCCACCUUCCAGGCAACUUUCAGUAGGCCUACAUCAUCUUUUCUGGAAGUCAGCCUAAAUGGAGCAUUGAUGACGAAUGUGGACAAUCAUGGAGCAGAUGUCAUGGUAGCAUUAUACGAAAGUGGUUUGGUUACGGACUGUCCUAGAGGGGAAAACAAAGGGCGUGUUCUGUAUAAUGACUAUGUUGUUAGAAAACUUGAAAAGCUCUGCACUGUGGCAGACCACCCUGCUAGGAAGAAAGUAUCAGGAAUGGUUUGUUUUUCCUUGUGGAAUACAUUCAACAGCACCAGGUGUGGCCUGGCAGUCUUUGUUCAAACCAAAUCACACCAAAUUUUUGGUUCACAGAGUUUUCUACUGCCAGAUGAUAUAUGACACUCUGUAAUAAUUAUUUAUGUAAUUU